AUGGCUUUGGCCUCGUUCCUCGCCGGAGCGCUGCCGCUGUCCAUGUCACUAUCACAGUCCCAGCUCCGCCUACUCUCGAGCGUCGGCGUAGGCAUCUUGGUCGGCACAUCGCUCAUCGUGAUUAUCCCAGAGGGGAUUGAGGCCGCCGCCGCGCCUGCUGAGGCCUCGCACAUGCACAGAGUCCGAAGCUUGGUGCGCCGAACCCCCUGGAGCCACGCCAUCCUCACACGUGGCCUCCCCGACUCAAUUCCCACCGUCAGCACGCUUUCCAGCCGCGAUCGCGCCGACCCCGAUGCCAUUGUGCGCCGUCUCGUAGACUCUGCGGCCGAGAAUGCCCAAUUGCCCCGGUCCGAUGUCAAGGCCGCAGUCGAAGCCCCUGAAGCGCCCACGACCGGCGAUACCACCACCAAGGACGACACCACGAGCGAUAAGGAAAAUGACAAGGCUGGGAGUGAACAUAAGAGCGGUAGCAGCGACGACGAGGACCUUCAGGAGGACCACGAUCACGAGCAUGAGCAUGAGCAUGCAGUCCCGACUUUUGAGAUUGGCUUCUCCCUGAUCCUGGGUUUCUUGCUCAUGUUCCUUAUCGACCGACUACCACGACAUGCGACAGAAAGCCUCCACUCUGUGCCCCAGAUGAGGCACAUCAGCCUUGACAACUUGAAUGGCGAUUCUGCUUCUGUGGAUGAGGAGGCGGAUGGUUUCUUGGGUUCACUGACGCCAACCCCGCGACGCGCGCGAAGCUUGGCCACGACCACUGGACUUGUCAUUCACGCCGCAGCCGACGGAAUUGCUAUGGGUGCUUCAUCGACAACUACAGACAUGAAGCUCGGUUUCAUCAUCUUUGUCGCCAUCAUGAUCCACAAGGCUCCCGCCGCCUUUGGUCUUACCUCCCUCCUCCUGAAGCAGGGUCUGUCGAAGCGAGCUGCGAGGGGUCACCUCAUUGUUUUUAGCCUGGCCGCUCCUUUCGGCGCCAUCAUUACAUGGCUCAUCAUCACCUUGUUAGGUGGUUCCAAGGUUGAGGGCGACCACUGGUGGACAGGCAUGCUGCUCCUCUUUUCAGGAGGCACGUUCUUCAAGCAGCUAACCAAGGCCAGAUACGUCGCCAUGAAUGCGAUGCAAGAGGACAAUAGUGUUCAUAGCCAUGGUCAUGGCCAUGAGCAUGGCCUCAACGGCUACGCAGAUAGCAAUGGCCCUGCUCAGCGGAAACCCAAGGGUCCGCAAAUGCGUGAUACCUUGGCCACCAUCGGCGGAAUGCUGGUGCCGCUUCUAACACAGUUCGGGCACCACCACUGA